GUGACCGUGAAUGAUAUCACUCUCCUGAGGAUAACAAAGAGCGAUAAGGAAUGGAUGUUGUCUGCAUGCCAGCAAACACCGGGACCAUACGCUGCCAUGCUUUGUUAUGCAAUGAUUCCAGACUACGUGCUACUGGCCUGGCGUGGUAAAGUGUCUUACCAUGGCAGACGGGAUAAGGCAGCCCUCCCCAGAAACCUUUUGCAAAGGCUUUGGGAGUACAUGAAGGAGAGUUUUCUGGAGAUGUCCCUGGAGGAUUUACGCUCCAUCCCCAUACACGUUAAAAGACUUUUCCAGUAGCUGUACUGGCCGCGAUUGCCAGGGCAAAUUAAUCAUUAAUCAUUAAACACGCUUGCUUUUAAACCAUGUGUAAUAUUUACAAAGGUACACUCACCAGAGGUCCCCUGUGUGCCCUCAGGGUCUGGGAGCAUGCCUUAGGUGAGUUUGGGGGUUACUGGCUCCAGGUCCAGGGUGAUAAACAUAUCCUUGCUGUUGGGGAAACCGGUUUCUCCGCUUCCUUGCUGCGAGUUCAGCUAGCACUGAUUCAUCUCACCAUAUGGCGAUCAGAUCCCGUACCUCCUGUUCGGUCCAUGAUGGAGCUCUUUUGCGAUCCUGGGACUCCAUCAAGGUUACCUGUGCUGAUGAGCUCUGCGUGGUCACCUAUGCUCUCCACGCUGGGCAAACAGAAAAUGAAAUUCAAAUGUUUAUGGGGCUUUUCCUGUCUACCUGGUCAGUGCAUCUGAGUUGAGAGUGCUGUCCAGAGCGGUCACAAUGAAGCACUGUGGGAUAGCUCCCAGAGGCCAAUAACAUCAAAUUUCGUCCACACUACCCCAAUUCCGACCCGCAAAGGCCGAUUUUAUCGCUAAUCCCCUCGUCGGAGGUGGAGUAAACAAACCGGUUUAAAGGGCGCUUUAAGUCGAAAGAAAGGACUUUGUCGUGUGAACGUGUCCAGGCUUAAUUCGAUUUAACGCUGCUAAAGUCGACCUAAACUCGUAGUGUAGACCAGGCCUAACACAGAAUCAUAGAACUGGAAGGAACCUCGAGAGGUCAUCUAGUCCAGUCCCCUGUAUUCAAGGCUACAAAAUAACGUCCACGUUUUGCUCCAGAUCAUCCCAUCCUCCCAGGGGGAAGGAAAUGGCUGCAAUGGAGCUGGCUCAGGGGCCGGUGACUUUCGAGGAGGUGGCUGUGUAUUUCACCAGGGAAGAGGGGGCUCUGCUCGACCGCACUCAGAGAGCCCUCUACAGGGAUGUCAUGCAGGAGAACUAUGAGACGGUGGUCUUUCUGGGGUUUCCAGUUUCCAAACCUGAUGUGAUCUUGCAGCUGGAACGAGGGGAAGAGCCAUGGGUUCCAGACCUCUACGGCUCUGAGAAAAAAGUGCUCCCUAGAGCUGCCUUCACAGGUGUUGGGAUGGUGAAUGAGAAUGAGGAGAAUCCCCAGCAGGACGAUGCUGAGCAAGUAGAACCACAUGGAACAUUAUCAGGAAGAUCCAACGUGAAUGUUUCCAGGAGUUGUGCACUCCCAGAAAAAGCAAAAGCCUGUGAGACUCAGCAGAGGCCAGAGGAAAACCUAAGUAGCCUCUCAGACCUUAUUACACACGAGAGAAUCAACUUGGAAGAUACACGCUACAUAUGCCAUGAGUGUGGGGAAAGCUUCAAUGGGAGCUCAGAGCUUUUCACACAUCAGGGAAUCCACAGAGGAGAGAGACCCUACAUGUGCUCUGAGUGUGGAAAAUGCUUCAAUCGGAGCUCACACCUUAUCUCACAUCAGACAAUCCAUACGGGUGAGAAACCUUAUGGAUGCUCUGAGUGCGGGAAACGCUUCAGUCGGAGCUCAUACCUUAACACACAUAGGAGAAUCCACACGGGUGAGAAACCUUACGGAUGCUGUGAGUGUGGGAAAGGCUUCAGUUGGAGCUAUGCCCUUAUCGCGCAUCAGAGAAUCCACACAGGAGAGACGCCCUACACAUGCUCUGAGUGUGGGAAAAGCUUUAAUCGGCACUCACAGCUUAUCACACAUCGUAGAAUCCACACAGGAGAGAAACCCUACACGUGCUCUGAGUGCGGGAAAUGCUUCAGUCGGACGUCAGCCCUUAUCACACAUCGGAGAAUCCACACAGGAGAGAUGCCCUACACAUGCUCUGAAUGUGGGAAAAGCUUCAAUCAUAGCUCAAACCUUAUCUCACAUCGUAGAAGCCACACGGGAGAGAUGCCCUACACAUGCUCUGAGUGCGGGAAAAGCUUCAAACAGAGCUCUAGCCUGAGCAGACAUCGUAGAAUCCACAGUGGAGAGAGAGCCUACACAUGCUCUGCAUGUGGGAAAAGCUUCAAUCAGAGGUCAUUCCCUAUUAGACAUCAGAAAAUCAAAAUGGGAGAGAACUGUGAGAAAUGCCUUGAUUAGGGCUGGCCAAAGAUUUCUUUAAAAAAAAAAAAAUCACAUUUGCUAAUUCCAAUAUAGUGAUCUUUGCACCAUCUUCACCAGAGUCUCUCAGCUUCCCCAGAUGAGUUCCCUGCUUCUGCAGCUCACCCUGCUUUAGGGUCAGUCCUGUGAUCUUUUCUAUCAAUUCCUUUCCUUUUGAGUCGUAGGUGUGUGUAAAAAGAACAGGAGUACUUGUGGCACCUUAGAGACUAACAGAUUUAUUAGAGUAUAAGCUUUUGUGGACUACAGCCCACUUCUUCGGAUGCAUAUAGAGUGUCCCUCCAGCCAGGAAUGUUCAUCAGCUCCAGGUGGGGGAGAGAGAUUUGAUCCCAACAAGCUACACUGAGGCAAAAACUACCUGGGCCUUACAUCCACUAGGACUGUACAUGACGUUGGCUGCUCAAGUUAGUGAUCUUGGUGUAAAAAGACAAUUAUAGUUGUAGUGCAGAUGCAGCCCGGUUGCAGUGGUUGGCAUUAGCUUUCCCCUUGACCUAACCUAAACUCCAUCACUUUUCCUAGUCUAAACAAACCCUCAGCAUCACAGUUAUACUGUUCCCCCAUUUCAAAGCAAUUGUUAGUCAUUAAGUUUCCCCUUCGGGAACAAAUUAUUUCAUUCUCAGUUGCUUUGAUGUUGCUUCAAGUUUUGCUGGAGAGCAGAUAUUUUUAUUACCAUUUUCCUCACUUAAAAUGUAUUGAACUAUAACAAAGAGCAGGAACAUGGCAGGGAUAGGGAAAAAUGUCAUUUCACCCUCUGUAACAACAGAAGAAGUUAGGGUAAGUCAGAGAGAUUCCCUUAUUCCCCAUCACCAUCUCAACCCCCCUGUUGUUCAGUUGGUUAGGUCAAUAUUUUUCCUAAAGGGUUGGGAAGAGGAUUUCUUAGUAAAUGACAUGUAAGUAGGCAAAAUACCCAUACAUUUGGCUCCCAAAGCAGUUGUGGCCCAGGCCCUGCAUGAGGUCUCUCCUUAAGAUAUCUCCUUCCUAAUCAGGUGCAUGUUGCCUAUUAUUUGGGAAAUGCAAUCCCUUUCUAGGUAGAGAUGAGAAAAAUGGAAGUGAUGUUUCUGUUGAGAUCACCCCUGGGAGAUGCUGCAAAUGUGUAGAAAAUGGAAUCUGUGUUGAAUGUGAUAUAGCUGCAGAAAGAUACCUGUUUUUAAUAGAUGCCUGACAUUUGUUGUCUUAUAGGGAUUCUAAACUGCACCUGAAUUUAGUCCCUAAUUUAAAUCUGUGCCACCAGAUUAAAGAAAUAAAAGGGCAUAUUUGGGGGCGUUAUACCUCACUAUCGCUACUGAUACGUUGUGUGGUUGGUGAAGAAUUCUACGCCAGAGACUUGGUGUAAUUUUAUACUUAAGGACAAAGAUUUGAUAGGGACUCGGGUAGAAAUUGCAGGUACUAGUGGUUGAUUUUCACCCCAGAUAUGGAAGCUAUGGUGAUCUGUGGCCCAGGUAAACUAUUUUUAGAACGCUGCUCCCUAGUUAAGUGGCAUUGAUCAGACUCCUAAAAGAUGCCAUUAUUAAAUUGGGAACAACUGUCUUUUACCAUUUGGAUCCAAAGUUAGAUGAAGCACAGAGAAAAACAGCUGAUUCCUUCAGAGCCAUUCCAUGCCUACAUCCUUCCCCUCUCUCCAGGAAAGCAAUGGCAGACAACUGUUUCACGCCUUUUUCCUGGGUGAACAGUGCAGACGCCAUACCACAGCAAGCAUGGAGCCCGCUCAGCUCAAGACAGCAGUCAUGAACAUUGUAAACACCUUGCACAUUAUCGUGCAGUUUAUGCUGAACCAGAACCUGCAAAACCAGGAGUAGGCUACGGCAGCGUGGUGGCAAGAGUGAUGAGGACAUGGACAUAGAAUUCUAUCAAACCCGUGGGCCCCGGCGCUUUGGCGAUCAUGCUGUUAAUGGGGCAGGUUAUAGCCGUGUAACGCUGAUUCUGGGCCCGGGAAACAAGCACAGAUUGGUGGGACUGCAUAGUGUUGCAGGUAUGGGACGAUUCCCAGUGGCUGCGAAACUUUUGCAUGCGUAAGGGCAUUUUCAUGGAACUUUGUGACUUGCUUUCCCCUGCCCUGAAGCGCCAGAAUACCAAGAUGAGAGCAGCCCUCACAGUUGAGAAGCGAGUGGCGAUAGCCCUGUGGAAGCUUGGAGUGGGCCAAUCUACUGUGGGGGCUGUUGUGAUGCAAGUAGCCAAAGCAAUCACUGAGCUGCUGCUACAAAAGAUAGUGACUCUGGGAAAUGUGCAGGUCAUAGUGGAUGGCUUUGCUGCAAUGGGAUUCCCUAACUGUGGUGGGACGAUAGAUGGAACCCAUAUCCCUAUCUUGGCACCAGAGCACCAGCGUACCCAGUACAUAAACCGCAAAGGUACUUUUCAGUGGUGCUGCAAGCACUGGUGGAUCACAAGGGACGUUUCUCCAACAUCAACAUGGGCUGGCCGGGAAGGGUUCAUGACGCUCGCGUCUUCAGGAACACUACUCUGUUUAAACAGCUGCAGCAAGGGACUUACUUCCCAGACCAGAAAAUAAUUGUUGGGGAUGUUGAAAUGCCUAUAGUCAUCCUUGGGGACCCAGCCUACCCCUUAAUGCCAUGGCUCAUGAAGGCAAGCCUGGACAGGAGUCAGGAGCUGUUCAACUACAGGCUGAGCAAGUGCCGAAUGGUGGUGGAAUGUGCAUUUGGACAUUUAAAAGGUUGCUGGUGCACGUUACUGACUCAGACUUCAGCCAAACCAAUAUCCCCAUUGUUAUUGCUGCUUGCUGUGUGCUCCACAAUCUCUGUGAGAGUAAGGGGGAGACCUUUAUGGAGUGGUGGGAGGCUGAGGCAAAUCGCCUGACUGCUGAUUAUGGGCAGCCAGACACCAGGGCGAUUAGAAGAUCACACCAGGAAGCGCUGUGCAUCAGAGAAGCUUUGAAAACCAGUUUCAUGACUGGCCAGGCUACGGUGUGAAAGUUCUGUUUGUUGAAAACCAGCUCCCUUGAUUGACUCAUUCCCUGUAAGCAACCCACCCUCCCCCCUUCGAUCACUGCUUGCUUUCAAAGGAAAUAAAGUCACUAUCAUUUAAAAAUCA